AUGGCGCCAACACCACGUCGGGAGCUCAACAUCCUCCUCACCGGCUUCGGACCGUUCAUGUCCGUGGGCAACAAUCCGUCCUGGUUAGCCGUCAAACCGCUACACAAUACGCUUCUCGACCUAUCGACGUCGCCAACGCUGUCGCCGCCGGGCUCUUCGACGGCUCCUGCUUCCGAGAGUGGGGGACAGAGGGUGCAGGCGAGGGUGCAAACCCUUCAAGUGCCGGUACACUACGGAUCGGUGUUGGAUCUUGUACCCCGUCUGCACGGUCAAACACCCCCACCCGAGGCGGAGUUCUGGCACGACCCCCGGUUGGAUCCUGACUUUGGAGGCAAGGUCGGCGAGCACUAUCCCGACGCAUACCCUUUCGACGCUCCGCCAGACGGAUGGGAUGUGGUCAUCCACGUGGGCGUCGGUCGUGGUGGCUCGAUCCGGUGUGAGACCCAAGCGCACCAGUACUCGUACGGCAAACCGGACGCUCACACCGCCUUCGCCCCGCGCAUCACCCUCUCUUCGACCGAGCUGGAGAGACUCAACCCGAAAUACCUCGAUCAAGAUGGCCAUCCCCGAGGCUUCCCCUCGUCGUAUGAGGGGUUCAACGCAAUCGAAUCCACCCCCGUACCCGUCUCCUCCCUCAUCGCCUCCCUUCACAGCUGCGGGGUGCGGAAGGAGGAACUCCAACAAUCGUUCGAUCCCGGCCGCUACCUGUGCGAUUACAUCUUUUACUGCUCGCUGUGCGAGGCGAAGCGCGAUGGACGGGGCACGCUGGUGCUGUUCGUGCAUGUGCCGCCGGCCGAGGAUGUGGGUGUGGAGAGGUGCAGCGAAGUUAUCAGGGGGAUCGCUUGGUUUGUUGCCAAGCAGCGGGCCGAUCAGAUGGCAAAGGAGAGUGGGGCAUGA